AUGGGCGGAGCGGGAGGAGCCGGAGCUGCCGCGAUGGCUCAGGAGAAGAUGGAGCUGGACCUGGAGCUGCCGCCGGGGAGCGCCACGGCCCCGGGCGACGGCAGCCGCCUGAGGCGGUCGAACAGCGCCCCGCUCAUCCACGGGCUCAGCGAUAACUCCCAGGUGUUCCAGGCCAGCAUCCUGCGCACCCGCAGGAACAGCACCACGGUCGUGAAUUGGCAAAGCCUGUUUGUGCCAUCAUCUCCUGUCCGUAUUCCUAGCAGUCGUCUUCAUCAAAUCAAACAAGAAGAAGGAAUGAAUUUGCUGAACAGGGAAACGGUUCAUGAAAGAGAAGUGCAAGUAGCAAUGCAGAUGAGCCACUCAUGGGAGGAGAGCUUGAGCCUGAAUGACAGUGAUUUUGAAAAAUCACUAUCACCAAAGCAAGUAGACUUUGUUCCAGUUUCUCCAGCUCCUUCACCUACACGAGGAAUAGGGAAGCAAUGUUUCUCACCAUCUUUGCAAAGUCUGGUGAGCAGCAGUGGGUUGCCUCCAAGUCCCAGCCCAAGUCCAACAAGGAGAUUUUCAAGCAGGAGAAGCCAGAGCCCAAUUGACUGCAUUCGACCAAGUGUUCUUGGAUCAGUCAAAAGAAAAGGUGUGACAGAGAUGGAAGAUCACCCAAAAAGAUUAUUCCAAGGAUCCACCAACAUGCUAACCCCUGAGGCUGCACAUCAGGCGGACCUUGGGGCAUGUCUAUCCUCACACGCCCUGGAUGACAACAGGAGCAGUGCAGACUCCUCCUGUGACUCCCCAGCUGAAGUUGGCACCAGCACAGACUCUCCAGUGUCGCUCUCAGACUCCAGAUCCCAGUUUUUGCCAGUUGAUCUCAUGGGCAAGUUACCGAUGAACUGAGAAGCAGGAAUCUGCUGAUGGACACCAGGAAACAGGUGGGAUAUCACCCAGACUUUUUGUUGUGUGUAACCCAUUCUGUUCCUCAUAGGAACUUCCAGCAAUGUCAUUACUUCUAGAAAACUUCGAGAAUAGUUCCUUGAGGAGGAAUUCACUUUUCUAGUGAUUUGUAUGACAUUUACUACAAUACAGAAGCAUUUCGGCUGCAGACACGUUGGGUGCUCAUGUCAGUCAGCAGGCUGCUGGUUUGCAGUGGAUGUGAUGUCCUUGGCAUGAAUUACAAACACUGUACAUGUGUCCUGCUUGUGGAAGACUUGGCUUGCCAGAAGCCUGUGUCUUCCCUGUCUGUGGAUGAGCAGAUAACUCACAUUUGUCCUCAGCCUAAAAUCAAUGAAGCAGCUUACUAAUUGUUUCUAUUCCUAGAGUGUUAGAUAUUUAUAUUUUUUUCUUCUUCAUAUGAAAGGGAGAAUAUUGCAGGGGAGAAAUUGAUUAUUAAUAAUAUUAUUGUGUUCUAUUAUGAUUGGCUCUUAAUCAAUUCUGUGUUCCAGUGGAUGUCAGAAAAGAACAAAUCGGUGAAUUGUCAAAUUUAUAUGUUGGAUUUUAUUCACAAUCAUGACUGCUGUUGUGAAUAAAUCUAACUUAGGUGUGGAACAUUUUUCUGAGGUUUUGUAUCUGGCAUUUGUUUCUUUUUCUUCCCCAUUUAGAUGAUGUAUAGGAGUGGUAGUGUCUUGGUUUGAAAGACAGGUAUCUGCUAGGGAGGGGUGGGGCCUCUCUAGGAAUGGGGAAUUCCAAUCCCUUCCCUCCAAGUUAUUAUAAUUUAGAAGAUUAAAGAGGCUUUUCAGUCAGAGCUAUGGGGAAAGGAAUAACAGUCUGUUACUAGUAAGUAUAACAAGGCAAACAAACAACAACAACUACAGCAUUAAUAAUAAACACAACCAGGAACCUCGAGGGGCUUUGUUUUGAGAGGAAUGACAAGAUUUGUCUUUACAAACAAGCCCUGAGUCUGCUAGUAGAUAAAACUAGCACUGAGAGAUAAGAGAAACAAUGGGAAGGAUUCUACUGAUUGAUGAAUGGAAAAGAAGAUACUUGCCUUUACAAACAAACUGUAGGUUUGUUUGUAAAUGAAAUUGAAUAUUGAAAGAUGAAAGCAACAAUGGGGAAAACUUAUAAAUCCCAUAAAAAUUAAAAAUUAGGGGGGUUAUACAUUAAAAGGGGAAUCUUAGGCAUUUCAGGAAGUCUGUACCUCUCAAGUACCUCAGCCAAUGGGGAAAGAGAGAGGGAAAUGCGGCCGGGAAAUUAGGAUAAAAAGGAGGCUGCAUCCUCCAAAAAACUGAGAGACCCCAGGGGAAAUGCCCCAUGGCCUCUCCCUUUAUUCGAAUAAAGAAAAAGGACUCCUCUGUCUCCUUUUUGGACAUAAACCUCUGGUGUUCGUGGAUUAAUUUUCCUAACAAUCUGGGGGCUCUUGUCU